GGCCAAGAAAGUGGAGGACAUGAUGAAGAAGCUGUGGGGAGACAAGUAUUUUGACCCGGCAACAGGGAAAUUCAGCAAAUCCGCAGCUGAUCCUGAUGGAAAGAAGUUGCCACGUACUUUCUGCCAACUUAUCCUGGAUCCCAUUUUUAAGGUCUUCGAUGCCCUCAUGAACUUCAAAAAAGACGAAACGUCCAAGCUGAUAGAAAAACUGGACAUCAAGCUAGACGCGGAAGAUCGAGAGAAAGAAGGAAAGCCGCUUCUCAAGGCCGUUAUGCGUCGCUGGUUACCUGCUGGAGAGGCUUUACUUCAGAUGAUCACCAUUCACCUGCCCUCCCCUGUGACUGCUCAGAAGUACCGCUGUGAGCUUCUGUACGAGGGGCCACCCGACGAUGAAGCUACCAUGGGGGUUAAAAACUGUGACCCAAAGGGCCCUCUGAUGAUGUACAUCUCAAAAAUGGUACCCACGUCAGACAAAGGCCGCUUCUAUGCCUUCGGGAGGGUCUUCUCGGGCAUAGUUUCCACCGGCCAGAAGGUGCGGAUUAUGGGACCCAACUAUACCCCUGGAAAGAAGGAAGACCUCUACUUGAAGCCUAUUCAGAGAACCAUUUUGAUGAUGGGUCGUUACGUUGAGCCCAUUGAGGAUGUCCCCUGUGGCAACAUUGUUGGCCUGGUUGGUGUCGAUCAGUUUUUGGUGAAGACGGGCACCAUUAGCACCUUUGAACACGCCCACAACAUGAGAGUGAUGAAGUUUAGCGUUAGCCCAGUGGUGCGCGUUGCGGUUGAAGCCAAAAACCCCGCCGACCUACCAAAGCUAGUGGAGGGCCUAAAGCGCCUUGCCAAGUCUGACCCCAUGGUGCAGUGCAUUAUUGAGGAAUCUGGGGAACACAUCAUUGCUGGCGCUGGAGAGCUGCACUUGGAGAUCUGCCUGAAAGAUCUGGAGGAAGACCACGCCUGCAUUCCAAUCAAGAAAUCCGACCCAGUAGUAUCUUAUCGGGAGACAGUCUGCGAAGAAUCGAACCAGUUGUGCUUAUCCAAAUCGCCUAACAAGCACAACAGGCUUUAUAUGAAAGCCCGCCCUUUCCCUGACGGUUUGGCAGAAGACAUAGACAAAGGAGACGUUAGUUCCCGCCAAGAGCUGAAGCAGCGAGCUCGCUAUCUGGCCGAGAAGUACGAGUGGGAUGUUUCUGAAGCCCGGAAGAUCUGGUGCUUUGGACCCGACGGGACGGGGCCUAAUAUUUUGGUGGACAUCACCAAGGGCGUCCAGUAUCUCAAUGAAAUCAAAGACAGCGUCGUGGCUGGUUUCCAGUGGGCCACUAAGGAGGUGGGUCUGUUGCAGAAUUUCAUCUAAGG